AUGGGAUCCUUGCCACAUAGAGCAGCCGCCACGGCAAUCUUCUGCGCGGACUGCGAUUCCGACGGUUCGAGUGAGAAACGUCUGCUGAAUACCGGGGGCUCUCCCCCUCCCUCCCUCAAGGUCGCAGUGAGCUCUCCCCAGAGCGGCGACCUGAAGUUUAGAUCCCGGAGAGGGAUGGAGUCCAAGGGGAAACCCUUCUCGAAGCUUGUCACAGGGGACAACGGAUACGUGCUCGAAGAUGUACCGCACUUAAUGGAUUACAUUGCAGAUCUCCAUGUAAGUUUUGGAUGCAAUUUUCUCAUGAUCCUUCCUGCGCUAGUCGAUUCUGUUUUGCUUUCGUUUUUGGCGCAGUUUCUCGGUAUGCUGCUUGCUAGAUGGCUUAGCUUUGAACCGAGAUGUGGAAUCGUGUGUGCAUUCCAAUGGCUGUUUCUUGUAUCUUAAUUCAUUGAAAUAGAUGUUGUCAUCCUUCGAAACCUUCGUCGUAUUGCACCCGUCAUUGAUAUUUAUCUAGUUCUAAUAGGGGCCAUCGUUACUUUCUUUUUUGUCCGCCGUUUGCUCUUUGUGGUUCAGUUUCGAUGUUGAACCUAACAGCAUAGCUUGACCAAGAGAGACAGUAUUUCAGUGUUUUUUCCUGCUUUCGUGGCAAUUGUCCAUCACGAAUGCCCCGUUAUUUUUUUAAUCCUUUAUUAACACCAAGACUUCCGUUCUGCUAAAUUUCCUUGAGGAAUUCUACUUAUUUACAUUUUGUUCCGCAGGCCCAUCCAAACCCAUUGCAAAGUAAUCCAUCCUAUUCAGUUGUGAAGUAAGGCUAUUUCUAUUGCUUAAUUCUUUCAGCUUUGUUCAACAAACUUGCGCUGACUUAUUCUUAGCAAUUACUUCAUGCUUCAAUGACUAACUGGUUAAGUCGUGCGUUUGACAGGCAGUACUUCGUCAAUGAUGACGAUAGCGUCGCUCAGAAGGUAGAUACUUAUGCUAAUUUUUAUACGUCUAUAAUCGGGGAAUCAAAUUUGGAUUAAUACCAACUUUAUAGUAAUUUUCUGCUUAUAUUUUCCGGGUACAUAUACUGUACUUUUACACCCUUAAUAUCCACACCAAGGAUUUUUGGACCCUUACAUAAAAAUCGUAACUUUCAUGUCACUGAACAUUUGAAAUUACGCUUUUGGAGAUUGAUUUCUGAUUGGCUGUUUAAUGAAAAAAAAAAUUCAAUGCCGAAACUUAUGGCGGGAAACGCUGAAGUCAUGAGCAUCUGUGUAUUGAUUUAUUGUGCGUUGUUAUCCAUUGAUUUGUUGUGCUCUGCACCUUUCUUUACAGAUUGUGGUUCACAUAUCCAGCCCGAGAGGGACUCACUUCAGGCGUGCUGGUCCACGGCAGAAGGUGCAUUUCUAGUAUUUUGGUGCUGGAAAACGUAUUUUUCUUGUAAACUUAUUCCUUUGUUCUUUCUAUUAGGUGUACUUCGAAUCAGAUGAAGUUCAUGCUUGCAUUGUCACAUGUGGUGGCCUGUGCCCUGGACUUAACACCGUGAUCAGGGAAAUAGUUUGUGGACUAUCCUACAUGUACGGCGUGCACAAAGUUCUGGGAAUAGAGGUGAGCAGUUCGUUUUGGUCCAGUGUACCACACAUUACUUUUAUAAAAUUUUCAUGUUCAUCCGGAAGUUGGGAAAUUUACGUUAGCAGAGCCAUUAUAUUGCCUGUCCUUGAGGAUAUGACUUUCUAAGCCGUUUAUUGGGUAACCUCUAAGGGUUUAGAACGCAGUUAGUCUUUUGAAAAUGGCCAAAUGAUGAAACUUCCAAGCACCUGAUACAUUUAAUCCUUCCAAAAUUAGAUGAAAAACAGAGAUGAAAUAUAAGUUACAGUUUACUCAAGAGAAAGAUAUAAGAAAAGUGUGAAAGAUUUUUACCAGAUUUUGAUGCUACGUUUCUAUUUAAAAUCAUCAACAUCAUUUCAUUACGAUUCAUCACAUGUAAUUAUCCUCCCUGAUGUUGACCAAGAAAGAAUCGACAGAAGGGUGGCUUAUGGUACGUGAUCUUUGCACCAAAAAAGUCUUCAAAUUAGUUAGUUUCUGGGUUCUAAAUGUCCAAGUGAAAAAUUAAUUUAUUUAAAUAUACUCUAGGUUUCUUUGCGAUAUGGGCCAGGAGCCCUUCCCAGAAGUAUUACUAAACCGCAGUGUGACGAAUAAUAUGUUGUAUGCCACAGAAAUAUUUACGAGUUCUUCGUAUCUUUUGGGUGAAUCAGAAUAUUAGAAAUUCAAUUGACUCUGUGUUUUCUUCGUUUUCUUCUUAUUAUUACUAAAUAAUUGAGAUAAAUGGGCAGAAUGGUGCCUUCUGGUUUGCCUUCGCACCAUCUUCGCUAUGUAUGCGAUAUAUAAUUUUCUUGUCGAUGGGCUACCGUCCAAGUCACGGCCUUGGUUAACAGGCUAGCAUUAUGAAGGUUCUAUGCUUUGUCAUCCUUGGCUCUCAUUUCGUUUCCCUUUUUGAAUUAGUCAAUAAAAAAGAGAUAUGUCAUGUCCCCCAGCACAAUGACUGACACUGUACCUAAAGAAGAAAAAGGUACAGGUUGGAUUAGGUCGAAGUCAACUUGUUUUGACUGGGUAUGUGGGCUAUGGUUAUGGAACCGGUAUUGAAAUUCUAUGUGUAUUGUGUUAAACUAGAGAACUGUAGCUCUUACAGCAGCAGCAGCAGCAGCAGCAGCAGCUUUGCUUUCCAAUUUCAUUGUAUGUAAAAUGCUUUGACGAUUCUUUAUCAUUUUUAAUGUUCUUCUUUACUAUUUUCCAUCUUAGUGAAGAAAUCAGAUGUUAAAAGUCGUGUACGAUACUUAUAGGAUUUAUGGCACGUGUAGGGAGGAUACAGGGGCUUUUAUGCGCGCAACACCAUUACGUUAACACCUAAAUCUGUCAAUGAUAUCCACAAACGAGGGGGCACAGUCCUUGGCACGUCACGAGGUGGCCAUGAUACCAUGAAGAUAGUGGAUAGUAUUCAAGAUCGUGGGAUAAACCAGGUAAAUGUAGUGUGAACAAUAUACCAUUUUCCCCAUUUUCUCUUAUUCAUGAGAAAAAUAAUUUACAUAUUUUUAUUUAUUCCGCCUUUCAGGUCUAUAUAAUUGGAGGUGAUGGGACACAGAAAGGGGCAUCAGUAAUCUUCGAGGUAGCCAUGCUUACAAGGGACUUUUAAAAAAAGAAAAAUUGAAAGAAAAAUGUCGUUGGAAGAUAGAAAUGACCUCUGUUCCAAGCCUCUGUGUUUAUUUAUUUUUGUUUAUUUAUUUUAUUUUUCUCUGGCCACACAGGAAAUUGAAAGACGUGGCCUGAAGGUUUCUGUUGUUGGAAUCCCCAAGACCAUUGAUAAUGACAUCACGGUACUUGAAAGAAUACUUAUGAUACUUACUAUCCAUGGGAACUACUUGUACUUAAUCAGUAUCUUGCAGUCUAUUUCCAUUUCAUUACUUUUUUUCAUUCACUUUUACAGGUUAUUGACAAGUCCUUUGGUUUUGAUACCGCCGUUGAAGAGGCCCAGCGAGCCAUUAAUGCCGCACAUGUUGAAGCUGAAAGUACCGAGAAUGGGAUAGGUGUUGUGAAACUGAUGGGCCGCGACAGUGGUGAGUUUCGUAUCUCAUCUGUCUGACUUAUUGUUAGCAUCGUGAUCAUCACAUAGUUCUCUCGCUGACAUCUUUGCCGAAACCUACCUUCAGCCUCAAUAUGAGUCAACCCCCCUCUUGGUUUUUCUUGGUUGACAUGGGUUUUGACAAUUUUUUAUAAUCUUAUUAUCUAUAACUUUCGAACCUUUUGAAUUCUUUUUUCUGCAAUUAGAAAAUGGAGUGUGGAUUUUUGGUUUUCUAGAGAGAGAAAGAGAGAAUGCAGAGAGAUUUGACUUUAAUUUCUCGCCCCCUCUUUUUUUUUGUCUCCAGGGUUUAUUGCAAUGUAUGCUACUCUUGCCAGCCGAGACGUGGUAUGCUUUUCGUUAUUUAUCUCCGGCCAAUCAACCAGAUUAAUAAUAUAAUAAGAAGAAAAACUCGUGCUUUCCGCAGGACUGCUGCUUGAUUCCAGAAUCACCCUUUUACUUGGAAGGGCCGGGAGGGCUUUUCGAGUUCAUAGAGAGACGGAUCAAGGAAAACGGCCACAUGGUCCUCGUUGUGGCGGAGGGCGCAGGCCAGGAUCUCGUAUCUGAGAGCAUGCGGUCAACGGAUGUGAAGGAUCCUUCUGGGAAUAAGCUCCUCCAUGACGUCGGACUCUGGCUUUCCCACAAGAUAAAGGUCAACUCGAACCCAUCCCCUCCCCAGUGAUCUACAUCAGUUGACUUUUUUUCUAUUCAAUUUCUUUUAUAUAAUACUCCCUCUCUGCAGGAACACUUCGCUAAGAAGCCCAAUAUCUUCAUAAACCUGAAAUACAUAGGUUCACACCCCCCGCUUUUUAUUAUUAUUAUUAAAAAUAUAUAUCAUUAAAUGAGGGGGUAAUUCUGUGAAUAAUUCUGCCGCAGAUCCAACGUACAUGGUCCGGGCGGUUCCAGGCAACGCAUCCGACAACGUGUACUGCACGCUGCUGGCUCACAGCGCCAUCCACGGCGCGAUGGCGGGCUACACGGGCUUCACCGUGGGGCCCGUAAAUGGGAGGCACGCUUACAUACCCUUCUACGUAAGUUCUUUUCUUUUUCCGUUCAAUAGCCGAAAGUUUGGCUACGGGCGUCUCACAGCAUGGGCCUAGCCACCGCAGGCCCAUACUAGCCCACCAAUCAGUUCCCUUAAUAACGGCCCACAGUGAAUUUAUUUUAUUUUAUUUUAUUUUUUAACUGAUUUGGCAGAGGGUGACCGAGGGUCAGAAGAAGGUGGUGAUCACCGAUAGGAUGUGGGCCAGGUUGCUCUCCUCCACGAAUCAGCCGAGCUUCCUCAUUCCCUAG